AUGGGCAUGUCUAGGAUACUCAAGUACUCCCCAUCUUCCAAAACCGUCGACGUGCUUAUUGACAAUCUUCCUGGAUACCCGGAUAACAUUCGGCAAGCUGAUGAUGGGAAAUUAUGGGUGCCAUUAGCUGCAUUACGUUCGGAUGGGGACAACUGGCUUGCGGCCAGACCAGCAUUGAGAAACUUGUUGACAAAGCUGCUUUCACCUCAAGCUGUAAAUGCUAUUGCCGAAUGGAUGUCCAGCAAAUAUGGACUAGUGCUAAAGGUUGAUGUGGAAACAGGAAAAAUCACCGAAUCUCUUCACGAUCCUGAAGGACGUGUAUCUGACAUUACCACAGCAAUAGAAGAUGGCCAUGGAAAUCUACUUCUUGGAAGUGAUGCAAAUUACUACCUGGCUAAGCUCAAACUAUGA